AUGGGUCAGAAAGCAAGCCACAGCAACAUCAGAAAAUUUCAAUUGCUACCUCCCUGCAAUAUUGUUCUUUUAUGCCUUGGACAACCUGACAGUGAUCUGUUCCAAUCUGAGGAAUUAUUGAGCGUCCAAAUCAAUCCCCCACUACCUCAAAGGAACAAACAAACAAAGAGAGAGGAAAGAACAUUUCGCCCUCGGAAAAAGGGAUGGAUGCCAAAAAAAUCAUCGCGAUCAGUUGAGGGAGACGCCAAGAGUUGA